AUGGCUCAAGGUCGCUUGGUUCCCUCUGUCCCUGCCUCAAUGGGCUGGAAGCUUAGCAAAAGUGGCCCCACCGCGGGUUGCCUGCCUAUGCUUGCUUUGUUUGUUCCGGAAGCGCAGUUUUAUUGCUCAUGGACGCCUUCCGAUGAUCAAUUACCGAUUGUUGACCUGGGAUCGCUUAUUUUGCAAUUACUUGGAGUCAACAAAAGAAAAAGCUUGUAA